GAUGUGAUAUACUUUUUCUCUGGGGAAACUGUGAGAACGCGACGGAUUCCCCUAAAGCUUCAGAAGUGCGUAAUGACAGCCAUGACAGCUUUCUUUUAGUUAUAACUUCGAUGUACUUUUUGAUCCCUAUGGCUAUUUUGAAUUUUUUUUUUGCAUUCAUCGAUCUUAUCGUCUGUGAUUGUUUGUUUUGUCUGGAUUUAGUGGAAUGCAUUCCACCAAAGAUAAAGGAAAAUUGCCCAUCCAGAUACUAUUAACUUGUUCCCUAAUUAAAAUGUGUCAUUAAAGAUGAAUGAAAGUGGACAAGGUGCUGUGCCAGCUGCUUUGCCUGGUGGGUAUGCAACUAGCAUACCAGCUUCAGGCAUUGGAACAUCAACAGUCUUCCUAGGGCAAGACAAUUGGAUGACUGCACCAAAUACUCAUCUUGGUACCUCAUACAGUGUUUUAACUCCUCAUUAUCCGCCAGAAUAUUCAUUACCUGAUGCUAUGAGACCAGCAUUUUAUACAACUGGUUUUAGUGCUGUAUCAUCAUCACCUAGUUUUAUUCAUAAUCAAGUCAUAGAUACCCGUGCUCAAGAACAAUUGUAUGCCAAAGCUGUUGUGAGUGGAUCCAGUUUUCAAGUCGGAUUCCCUUCUAUAAAUUCUUCCCCACUUACUGCCUAUGCUUCUGAACUGCGAACUGAGGAGUUACCUGAACAGAGAACCAAUGAAAAUAAUUCAUCUGUGCCAAAUAAUGAUGCUUCUGCUGAAGGUUUAGCUACUCGUAUGAUGCCCAAAAGUCCAAAUGAUAGUUCGAUGAGUAACGUGCCAACUCCUAAUCCUCCGUCACGUGAUGGAACUCCAUCAGGUAAUGUAGGAUAUAGACCAUGGGAACGAGGUUUAAAUGGACCAGAUUAUCAACCAUCAACUCCACAAUCAAUGACAGAGAUGGCAAAUGAUAUGAUACAUCAGCAAAGGCCCCCAAGUUCUCCUCUAGACAAAAAUAAUUUGAAAGAAGUCGACAAUAGAAAUUCUUUUAAAAAUCAAGAUUUUUUAUCAAAAUCAGCAUCGAUGUCUGAUGUUCAAGCUCCAAGAUCUGUAGAAACACCUGGUAGACCUCCUUCCUGCAUUUCGUCAGUUUCCAGUCCUACUGGAAUUCAUGAUUCACAAAUGCUAGAAGAAGCUAUGGAUCAUCCGGAUCUUCAGCAUUUAACUCCUCAUGCUCAAGGUUAUCCCACUUUAAUUCCUUCUUCUCGCCUUACUAAUAUCAAUAUGCAAGUUAAUAAUGCCUUACAAGUAAAUAACACAUUGCGACCAUUUCAAAAUGCCUUUAUGCCUAGCAAUAAUGCUCAAUUAACAUCUUAUAUUCCUGGAUCUCAAGUGAUGGUAGCAUAUCCAGAAGCCAAGCUACUGAAGUUGGACUCGGAAUUGGAUAUAAGAGGACACAAAGAAAACACAUUUCAAGUGCCUUCAGUGUCUUCCACUACUCCACGCCAGUCAAUGCAUAAUAAUAUUCCACCUCCUCAUCAAGCACAAAUUGAACAGUGGAAUCAGCCAAUGCCAAAUAUGACAUCUGUACCUGAGGCUGAAAAGGCCACUAGGAAAAAGAGGAAACGAUGUGGUGAAUGCCCUGGAUGUCAGACCAAAGCUAAUUGUGGUGCCUGUGGUCCUUGUAAGAGUGUGAGGAGUCACCAGAUUUGUAAAAUGAGAAAAUGUGAACAAUUGAAAACGAAGAAAGAAAAAGCUGCAGCUGCAAAAGCAAGUGGCCAGCUUUUGAUUGAUUCUGACAGUCAAAAUUUAAAUGGCAAUCAAAGUUAUACGAAUGAAAAUGACUCUCUUCAGCUUCCUGGAACACCUACUGGCUUUCAGCAACAUGAUUUCUUAAUGGCUGGCCAGUUGAAAAAUCUUAGUCAAUCACCAAACAAUAGCACCAGUUCUUUGUUUGAUUUGAAUUCAGCCUACCCAGCUUUUCCUUCACAAUCUCAGUUACUUGGUUUUAAUGGUCAAGCUGACUUGUUAAAAGGAGAAAAUCAGAAUGUUCCUGCUGAUCAUCAAUCUCUGUUAGAAUUCAGUGGAUCAACAACAAUGCAUGAAUUUGCACAGUCGCGACUGAAAAAUCUCUUAAAUACUCGUAAAACUCAGAAAGAACAGAUGCAAAAUUACUCCACUUCUCAAAAUGCUGGAAAUAUGUAUGCCGAACAGUCAAUAAGCCCAGUUGAAACUCCUCCACAACCAAAUGAAGGUGAAACAUAUGCUCAGCGACCACCUUCUACACCAUCAUCAAUGCGCAGCAGGGCAGGGAGCAAUCCUACCGAUUCUGGUAUAUCGAAUGAAGAAUCUGGUUAUUUAGGACAAUCUCUUGAACCCACAUAUGAAUCUCUUCAAAAUCUUGAUCCUUCACCUGAGUCUGGUUUGGCAUGGAGCAAGGCACCAUCUCCCAACAAAAUAGAUUUGGACAUUGUACAAAAUGGACAGAAUUCUGACAAAGAAGCCAAAAAGUUUGAGAUUGGAAAUGGCUCUAGUAAUUCAGAUGGAACUUUAAAUUAUUCUGGAUUAGGGCAAGAUACAGUUAAUGGUUAUUCUUACAGCAGGUAUUUUGAUCCUGCAAAUAAUCGUGAAAUUAACAAUGCAAGAGUUGAAUCUUAUGGUUCUGAAUCUUCUAACAGAGAUGCCUUUUCAAGUGCAGCUAAUAAUACUUCAGAAUACCCGUCUCAAAAUAAUCAGUCCAUGUAUGAUAAUUCUCGCUAUUUUCAACCAUCUUCAGAGGUCAAUUCAUAUUCUGGAAACACAGCUAAUGAAUCCUCCUCUCGGCCUGUUUUCACACCUACUUCAUCUGGACAAUCAACUCAAUCAUCUCCAUAUUCUCAACAUCCGACAGCUUCUCCAUCUAAUCGAGAGAAUGUAUCAUCUUAUUCAUCAAAUCAACAAAUAAAUUUUGAACCACCAAAUAAAACCAUUGAAACAUCGUCUGCUAAUAUCUCUGUAUCUGCAAAUAACCCAGUUGAAAGGGCAAGUAAAAUUUCUAACGAAACGUCUGAGGAAGGGAAUUUUUUAUUGAAUACGACCACAUCUAUGAAUACAUAUUCAAAUACUAUCAAUUCCUUUAAUGGAAUGAACUUUUCUACAUCAAAUACUUAUCCUACUCUUCCUGCUAUAGAUUCAUUAUUUAGUAUAGGCCAUACUGUGAUAUCAAAUACAUCAGAACUGGGCCAACUAAAAAUGACAUAUGCAAAUCAAGCUAGUGGCACCACUACAUUUCCUCUCUCUUCUGCCAUAGAUAGUGGUCGUAAUGAUGCACUCUCUGGAUUGGAUCCAGCUUCUUUUAAUAACAGCUUCUAUACUCAGCUACCAAAUUCAGUAUCUAAUCCAUUGCUGACAGCCAAUGUAAUCAACGCUGGAAAAAGCUUUUCCAAUCAGGCGGAUUGGUGGAGGCAGUCGAAAGAAGCUGAAAAGACAGAAGUGCCUCCUACUUCUCCUGACUGUGAAGUUGUAGAAAAUCAGUCUUCAAAUCCAUCCACGGUAUAGUUAAUUGCAUCUUUGUAGUUUGCAUUCCGAUGUCCUUCGGGGUUUAUGACUCGAAGACUACUUUUUCAAAUGAAAUAUUUCUAUAAAAUUUUUUAGUUUCAUAUAUGAAUUAUACUUUUCUCUUCCCUGCAUGAAAGAAUGAAAUGUUUUGUAUUGAAGUGCCAUUUCUCAUGAAUUUUUAAUAUUUUUGUUUUUAAUACUAGAAAUUUUUAUGUCAUAGUCAAUGACUUUUUAUAUGUACAACUCCUUAGCUUUAGCAGCUUUAUGUAUGAGGCAAUUUAUCUUUAUAAGUAUUACUUGUUUUUUCAUCUAAUUCUUAAUACCAGGGCUUCUUUAAACUAGGGAUCUUGACUCCCCCCAUCCCAAAUGAGGUCUCAUAAAUGAAUUUUUGGUUUAGAAAAGUUGGCUAAUCUAUAAAAAUGAAGCAAUAACAUUUUAUGAUUAAAAUUUAACAUUUUGUUCAUUAAUCCAUUUUUCACUAUAAUGUUUGAUUCUUCUGAAACUUUUUUAUACACUAAUGAGACCACAUAUAUUAAAAAAAAUUAUAAUAAAAUAUAAUAGGCAGACAAAUGGGAAAUUUUAAGAAGCUCUGCUUUAUAUUUAUGUGUCUACCUCAUUUGAUUGAUUUUUUUUAUUUGCUUAAGAUUAAUUAUCAUUAGAAAGAUGAAAGCACCAAUCAGCAGUCAAAUUCUGUGUGAUUUAUUUUGUGCACAGUGAGAUGUUUUUAUACUCAGGUCAAGUGUCGAUAACGAUUUAUUUAUUUGAUUUCUUAUUUAUUUAUGGCAAAGUUACUUAAUUUUCAUAAGAUAAUUUAUGUAUGUAGAAAAGGCAAGUAUUUCUGCUUUGGUUAUGACUUUAUCAUACUUUUAACAAUUAUUUUCUAAAAAAUAGUGGAAUAAUACAGAUUUUACACUUUUGGAAUUUUCGGUUUUGGGCGUCUGGAAAUAACAUUUUUGGAUAAUGUUGUUUAUAUUUAAUCAUUAAUUAUUUGACAUAUAAUUAGAAAAAAAAAAUGCAUUUUUGACCUUAAAAAUUUCUUACAAAGUCUAUAAAAUAUUUCAUGGCAGAAUAUUCCAUAUGAAAAUUAUUUUAAGUAUGGCCAUUUAAUAUUAAUUUUUAUAUUUGUUGGGUGAUAGAGAACAGAUCCAUAUUUAAAAUGAAGUUCAUUUGUUUCUUUCUAAGAUGAAUUAAUGCUUAUAAAUCAUAGUCUCUGAAAGAUUGAAAAGACAAUGAUUAAUUAGUUUUGGGGAAUACAUAUAUUGAUACAGUGUUUUUUGUAAUAAGAUUCAAACAUAGCUAAAAAUGAAAUCUUUAAUUUUUGUAAUUCAAUUUUAAAAUCAUUAUUUACUUUAAUAUUAAAACUUUAUCCAAUGACAGUUGAAUUUACAAAAUUAAAUGAAUAAAAAUUUACUAUUUUCAAAAAAUAAAUAAAUAAAAAAAAUGGCAUUUUAUAUUUAUUUUUUAAAUACUUGAAAAUUUUAUUAAUUUCUUAGUAUUCUCUAGGUAUUUUUCGAAUAAUUUUUAUUAUUCAGUUAGUUGCAGCUAUGUGCAGGUAAGUGAGGUAAGUGUAUAAGGGGUUUAUAAGAUAUAAGUGAUUUUAUUGAAUUGCAAAAAGCAAAUCAUUUUAUAGUUCAAUAAUGUCAUAUUUAAUUAUUUCAUUGAGUAAUAGUAUAUAUAUAUAUAUAAUAAUUUUUUCUUAUUGAAAUUUUGCUUCCUUAAAAUUGUAGCCUGCUUUGUGUGCUGCCUUCAUUAUAGCAUUAUAUUUUUGAGAUCUCAAAGGAGUGAUAAUUUAUUGGAUUAUAUUUCAUUGCUUUCAAUUAAGGAUUAAAUGUGUUAGGACCUUGCUUGUUGUGACAAAAACUCUCAGAUGGCCGUAAUCUUUCAAAUUCUUUAUUUUAAAAUAAUUUAAAUUAUUUAUUUAUGAAUAAAAAUAACCUAGCAAAUCAUCCCAUUUUUAAAGAUUUCUUUAAAAUUUGCUUAAUAUUUUCAAGUAAUUCUGUAACAAUAUAUGUUAUGAUAUGUAAUUUUUAUUUUACUAUUCUUCAGUUUUGGUGUCAGAAUAAAUUUGCAAAUAGGAAUUGUGUAAUUUUUUACUUUCUUAAAAGGCAGGAAAAAAGUCACAAAGUA